AUUUGGUACACAACAGCAAUCAAACCAAACACACAUGGACAACGCUUGAAAGAAAAAUUAAAAUCUUUUGUCUCUUUGUCCCCUAAAGUACACAGAAACCCUUCGGAUGCAGUAGCGUUCGUCUCUCAGUCUUGAGCACAAUCUCUCUGCAUCCCCCAAUGACGACUAAUCUCUCGUUUCCGAUUACCCUGAAACACAUACUCUCUAGCUUGGCAACUCUUGUCCUAAUCACUCUCUACUUCAUCACCAGAACCGGUUUCUCACCGUCUUCUUCUUCUAUUCAGCCUCCGGACAACAACACUCUCCGGAUCUCCAAUUCCUCCACCGUACAGAGCCAAGAAUCCGCAAAGUGUAGUAAGAUUCCUCCUUCGCUUGCUGACGCUCUGAUCCACUAUGCCUCCUCCAAUGUCACUCCCCAGCAAACGCACUCCGAAAUCUCCGUCACUAAGAAGGUCUUAGUGAAGAAGUCGCCGUGCAACUUUCUCGUGUUUGGUCUUGGUCACGACAGCUUCAUGUGGUCGACGUUAAACUACGGAGGAAGAACCAUUUUCUUAGAAGAGAACGAGUCAUGGAUCCGUCAAAUCGCCGAGAAAUUCCCGUCUCUGGAAUCGUACCACGUCCAAUACAAUACCAAGGUAAGAGACGCGGCUGCUCUGAUGGCAGUGGCGAAAGAAAGAGAGGAGUGUCGUAGCGUGUCGACUGAUCUUAGGGUUUCCGCGUGCGAGCUCGCGUUGAAAGGCUUACCGGAGGUGGUUUACGAGACAGAGUGGGAUUUAAUCAUGGUGGAUGCUCCGACGGGGUUUCAUGAAGAAGCUCCGGGGAGGAUGACGGCGCUUUAUACGGCGGGGAUGAUCGCGAGGAGAAGGAAGGAUGGAGGAGAGACGACGGAUGUGUUUGUGCACGAUGUCGAUAGGAAAGUGGAGGACGAGUUCUCAAUGGCGUUUCUAUGUAGAGAUUACAUGACAGAGCAAGAGGGUCGGCUCCGCCAUUUCACGGUGCCUAGUCACCGGAACUAUGGUAUCUCCGGCGGUAAAUUAUGUCCUUAAACUCUAAUCCGCAGGUAAAAUACAAUUAUAUUGGUAAGAGUAUCCGGAACUCCAUAGGCGUCAGAGAUUAGUAUGAGUUCAGAGCUUUAAAUGCUGUAAUAUAAAAAAACUAUUCUAUAUUUUUUUAAAUAUAAUUUCAUAUUUGAUA